GCGGCGAUGGCAGCGGGCCGGCAGCGGCGGCGCGGCUCGGCGGGCGCCUCCGCCUCCCGGUGCGGCGGCGCGGGCUGAGGGGAGCGGGCCGCCUGCCGCCGCCCUCCCGCUCCCUCCUUCUCCGCUGGAGGAAGGUGCAGAGCAUGGAGAAUGAUGAACUUCCGCCAGAGGAUGGGAUGGAUUGGUGUGGGGUUGUACUUGCUAGCAAGUGCUGCAGCUUUUUAUUAUGUCUUUGAAAUCAAUGAGACUUACAACAAACUAGCACUGGAGCACAUUCAGCAACAUCCCAAGGAACCACAGGAAGGAACCACAUGGACGCACUCCUUAAAAGUACGACUGCUAUCCUUGCCUUUUUGGCUGUGGACUAUAAUCUUUUUAAUACCAUAUUUACAGAUGUUCUUGUUCCUCUAUUCCUGUACAAGAGCUGACCCCAAAACUGUUGGCUAUUGCAUCAUUCCUAUCUGCUUGGCUGUUAUUUGCAAUCGUCAUCAAACAUUUGUGAAGGCCUCUAAUCAGAUCAGUAGAUUACAGCUGAUUGACACUUAACUCAAUUUCUAGUUUCCGUAGCUGUUUUGAAGCAAUUGCAUAUGCCUGAUCUAAUCACGAGACUGAAGUUCUGAGUGAAGGCUGGAAAGAGCCUUUUCUUUGAAACUGUUAAGCAAUGAACAGUGACUGUUUUCUAUU